CCGAUCAUCAUAAAUGCACAUCAGGUUGCCGGCGAGAAAUCUAUGGUUGGGGGCAACAUUAUGAGAUCACACACACUGUAGCUCAUGAGUGAUGCAAGCACUAGUGAGGAGGAGUUGUUAGUGGACGACCGUCGGACUACUCGAAGAACUGCUCUCAGUCAACCCUUGACUUUCCUAGAGUUAGGUCCAGGAGACGAGAGGAGACUGCGGAGAGAGGCUAGAGAGAGAGCAGCAGCAAGGAGAGCGAGGGACGCGGUGGCCAGCGCCAGGUCUAGAAUUGUAGCUAGCACAGGUGCAACCCUAGCCACCUCCUCCAUGUCGCAUGCCCCUUCACAGGCCACUUCGUCAGGAGUCAGUCAAAGUGGUUCUCAUGUUUCCAUUAGCCAGAGUGCUGGCUUGCAAGUCAGCCAGCAGACUCAACUCACGCGUUAUGAGAUCCUCCAAGCAGAAGAACUUCAGGAUGAGUUGCAGCGGCAGUUGGAUGAAGUAGCGGAGAGAAGAAGAAGAGCUAUUUUGAGAAAGAACAGACUAGGGAGUAGGAGACAGGAGCUAGGCAGAUUAGAAGCAUUAGACGAGUCAGCACUUGACCCUGCGAUGCGAGCGCUGCUUAACUCGCUUCUUGGUAUGGCAGAAGCGCAGGCUGUCCAUCAGGAAGUGCUGGCUGAACUAGUGGCAGACCAGAAGCAGAUUCUGGCUGCACUGCAGGCCCCUCGUCCUAUGAUGAGGCAGCCUCAGUAUGCUGUAGUUCCCCCAUCGAUUGCAGGUUCAUCAAUGACGCCGUUGCCGGCUGGGCCCUCCUUCUCACCUAUGUUUGGUAUGCCCCCUCCAGGUGGUUAUGUAGCAACCAGUGGUCCGGUCCAUAGAGUCUCGGUCGUACCAUCCACGAUGGUGGUUACUACAGUCCCACUGUCAAGCCCGACCCAGGGAUUCUCAACGCGCACCUGGGAUUUCUUUGACAUUGGAGACAUUCCAGGAACUAAAUCUGCCCCUCUGUAUAAGCCGUACAUCAGGAAGACAGGCAUCGAUUAUAGCGAUGUGUCAGGAUCGUGUCCAGCAAAACGAACAUGGAGAAGGGAAAGGGGCCUCCCUCCUGGAGAUUGUCUGAAUGUGAGGGACAUAAACUAUGUGGAGACGAAGUAUGGAUUCAUUCGCUCUGGAUAUACUGGACCUGUGGAUCCUGUCUAUUCCUAUGAUGUUGCUGCCACGGAAUACAGAGAAGGAAAAGAACGAGCGGCGUUGCAGCGGAGGCUCCGGGCAAAGAAGAGAGGAAGUGGUGUUGUUGACAAAGUCAUGGAAAAGGUGUACUGGCGAAGCAACUGGUAUCCAAGGCUCGCCAAAGAGUAUGACCAUGAAGGAAACCAACGGAUAACACAUGACGAUUUCCGGAAGACUUUGCAGUUUUUUGGAGUUGAACUGAAGGACGAUGAAUUCCAGCAGCUAGUCAACAUUGUCGACAAAGCCGGCACUGGUAGUGUGGAGUAUGGUCUUCAUGCAUGACUCCUUCCCUGAAGCUCUUCUUGAAUGACUGUUCCAAGCCAGGGUUGCUGAAUUAUUUACAACUUUUAUUACAAGUGAUGUUACUCAAACCGGCCAAUCACUUGGGUGUUGUGCUAUUUCUUAUGUGUCAAUGAACUACUUGAAAGUUG